CGUGGAAGGCAGACUGGAAAACACACGUCAAAAUUAAAUUUCGUCGAGAUUUGCAUGCAGUAGCAUUGGCAAAUACAAAUGUUUAAUGCAUAAAACUGUAUUUAAACAACAGAAAUAACCAGGUCUACUUAAACGUAUGUAUGUAUGUAGUAUAGGACGAUAGCACGGACAACUAACUGCCAACAAAGGACUGCGCCAGCAAUCAAGUGUAACUACGGAAUCAACAUUUUCCCGAUAAUAAACCAAUAAUUAGCAUAGUUCAAGUGCAACUAAAGGAAGACAUUAUGUCCAAUGCCACAACAGGACCCACAAAGCAAGAAAUCGAGGCCGUAUUCAGUCGCUUAAGAGCGCAGCCAGCAAACAAGUCCUGCUUUGAUUGUGGGGCCAAAGCGCCCACCUGGUCUUCCGUCACGUAUGGCAUUUUCAUAUGCAUUGAUUGCUCAGCAGUUCAUCGAAACUUGGGCGUGCAUCUCACCUUCGUGAGGUCAACUAACUUGGAUACGAACUGGACGUGGUUGCAGUUGCGUCAGAUGCAGAUGGGCGGCAAUGCCGUUGCAGCGCAAUUCUUUCGUUCCCACAACUGCACCAGCAACGACGCCCAAGUCAAGUACAAUUCCAGGGCUGCUCAACUAUAUCGCGACAAGCUGGCGGGGCAGGCCCAACAGGCAAUGAAUAUCCAUGGUACUAAGCUGCAUCUGGAACAAGUGGCUGAUAAGCUCGAGGGCAACGACGCCAAAACAGAGGAGGAUUUCUUCGCCCAAUGCGACAAUGACAAUGGUCAGUUGGACUUCAAUGCGGAGAACAAUAACAUUAGCUUGGCUUCCAAGCUGGAGUUGAGCAAUAAGCCAGCGACAUCGACAACGAGUGCAAUAGAUGCCCAAAUAAGUGGUGCGCCAAGUGUGGAUCUCUUAAAUGCCAUUGUGUCUCCUGCUCCUGUGCCUUCUUCCAUUGGCGUGCGAAAAAUACAGCCCAAAAAAGGAGGACUGGGUGCACGCAAAGUUGGCGGCCUGGGCGCCACAAAGGUGAAGGCGAAUUUCGCAGACAUUGAGGCUCGCGCCAAUGCAGCUAAUGAAAUGAAAACAGCUACUGUGCCAGCAACACCCAGCGAGAAGACACUCACUGCCGAAGAGGAAUUGGAAACAGUGGCCAGCAUGCGUCUGGCUUAUCAGGAUUUGUCGCUGCAGAAGACACGUGAGGAGAAUAAACUGAAAUCUAUUGAUCCGGCCAAGGCCAAGCAAAUGGAACGCCUAGGCAUGGGCUUCAACUUGAGAGGCUCCGACGUUUCGCAUUCCGCCUUGAGUGAUAUGGAAACCAUUCAGCAAACCGCUGCACCUAAGACUACCACUCAAAACAAACUUUCCUCUCUAGAGAACGAUAAUUUCUUCAAUGAUUUCACACUGAAUGUGUACAGCAGCAGUGGCGGUAGCGGCGACAAGAGCUCAAGUAGUACCAGCAAAUUGGACAAAUUUGAACUGGAUGCCUUGGGAUAUGAGACCAUUGAACCUAUUGGUGGGACGCAUAGCAACAUAACAUCUAUGUUUGCCGCCAGCAAUGAUUACGAUAAACCUAAGACGGCGACCAAGACAAACAGCAGCAACAGCGCGUCCAACAAGAGUAAAGGCACCAGCUCUAAUAAUGACCCUGUUAUGGCACAACAAAAGUUUGGCAACUCCAAAGGUUUCGGCUCGGAUCAAUACUUUGCGAAUGAACAAUCAUCUGCUGAUAUCAGUGCAAAUCUAAAUAGAUUCCAAGGCUCGCGUGCCAUAUCUUCAUCGGACUAUUUCGGUGAUGGCAGUUCGAGCGGCAUGAGCAAUCGUUCGCGUGGAGGUGGUGGUGGUUAUUCUACCUCGGUCAAUUUUAAUGCACCUGAUCUGGACGAUGUAAAGGAGAGUGUACGCCAGGGUGUUCACAAGGUGGCCGGUCGAUUAAGCAACUUGGCUAAUGAUGUCAUGUCCUCGCUGCAGGACAAAUAUGGUUACUGAUAGUAGAGUCGAUGAGGAUAUUUUAAUUUUUUAUAUAUACAUAUACCUAUUAGUCAAAAAAAAAAAUUUAGCUCUUAUGCAAAAAGUUAUAAACAAUUCCAUGCAAAAAACAUCUAUAUUAGCAUAACGUUAGACAGUUAAUUGUUAAUAGGCAUGAAAGUGGAACAUUUAAGGCCGCAAUUGCGAGCUAUCCCAAAAUUGCUGUACAAUACGCGUAGUGUCUUUUAAAAUAUACACAAGAUCCAUUUACGAA